AUGAUAGCUAAGUACUUCUAUCUAAGAGCAUCAUUUUGGCUUCAAAUUCGUAUCAAAGACUCUACAGUGUCUGUAGAUUAUCUAAGAGCAUCAUUUUGGCUUCAAAUUCGUAUCAAAGACUCUACAGUGUCUGUAGAUUAUCUAGCCAAACUGCCAUUAACAAUUCCGUCUCGCAAUGUUAUCGAUCCAUCCGAUUUUUUAGAUGACGAUAUUAGUGAUAAAAAUAUUAAACCUCCAAAAGUAAUAUUACGUAUUAAUACAUCAUAUAUUGAUAACACUGAAGUGUCCUCUACAAAACUGGAUCUACAGAAAGGUCGUUGUAAAGGCAUUCGUGCAGCAAACACGAAUUUUAUUUGUAAUGAUUAUGAUUGGGUGUGCAAACAUGGUUAUUAUCCAGACGAAGAUGGACUGACUACAUUGUGCGCAUUAGUAACGAGUUCAAUAUGUGUCAAUAAUAGAUGUGGCUGUUAUGAACGUGGUACCUAUCAAAAUGAUAAACAAUGUGCUAGAGCUGUUGGUUAUCCAUGUAAAUCAAGCACAGACUGUGAUGAUAAUAGUUCAGAAUGUUUAAGGGGUAUUUGUCAUUGUAAGGAUAAAUUUAAAACAGUCUCACUAACAGAUAGUGAUGGAAGAAGAAUUGAACGUUGUAUCAAUGGUACGUCGAUGUUUAUUAAAUAG